CCCCGCCCUCUCUGCCUGGGAUUGAGGGGGGCGGGAACCUUGGUUCUCCCCAGCUACGUGCCACACAAGGAGCGCAGACAGUCGCUUUCCCCUGCAGCUGCGGCCGGAGAUAGUGUGAAGCAGCAGCGAUUGGAGCCCAUGCCUGGAUAUAGCACCGCAGCCUAGCCAGCAUACCCACCGACCCACCUGUCCGUCACACACAGGAGCUGCCCUACUGACAUCUGCAGCAUCUGCACCCCAACCCUCUUGGAGUGAGCCGGGAGGUAUUAUGGCCCAGUGAGACGCCUGUUGUGCAGAAAGAAGGGGGCUCGGCAGGAGGAGCGCAACGUCCGCGUGAUAUGUUCUUUUACCGGCUUUCAAACCCACCCAUGAGCCCAGAUUUCCAGCAUUACAGCUUCAGAAUGCCGAAUAUUGGGUUCCAGAACCUGCCUCUCAACAUCUACAUUGUGGUGUUCGGUACGGCCAUAUUCGUCUUCAUCCUCAGCCUUCUCUUCUGCUGCUACCUUAUCAGACUAAGGCACCAGGCAAGAAAGGAGCUGUAUGCUUACAAGCAGGUGAUAUUAAAAGAAAAGGUUAAAGAGCUUAACCUGUAUGAGAUCUGCGCUGUGUGUCUGGAGGAAUUUAAACCCAAAGAUGAGUUGGGAAUAUGCCCGUGCAAGCAUGCCUUCCAUAGAAAGUGCCUCAUUAAAUGGCUGGAGGUGCGGAAAGUGUGUCCGCUCUGCAACAUGCCGGUCCUACAGUUGGCUCAGCUGCACAGUAACCAGGAACAUGGCCCCCCACAAGGGCCCCUCCCCGGGGCAGAGAACAUUGUAUAGCUCUCAGCCAAUGCCCCCAGGGCCCCCUACACACAGAGCCACAGAUCUCCCGCCCAACACUAAGCCCCCGUGAGGCUCCUACGCACACACGUGUGGACUCUACAGCAGCCAAAGCACUUUUGACGCCGGCGGGAGGAGGAGCCACGUACGAGGGGGGACACUCAGCAGCAGUAUAGGCCUUGGAAGAGCACUUUACCACAUUUUAACGGAAACCUUUGUGACUGAUACUUUUAUUUUGUUCUUCUCACUUUUUGACUGGAAGCUUCACUGUGCCAGGAGGGAAAUCCCCCCCCCCCCCCCAAAAAAAAAUGUAAAGAAAAGUUUUGUAUGUUUGAAGGCAAAGGUACCACGGAGAAGGGAAUGGGAGACUCAGCCCACUAUGCAAACUGCUCGACUCUACAGCGACCAUCUCAUCGUACUGAGUAUCUAUAGAGGCCCAAAGUGGGGCAGGUUAGCAAAACUGGAAACAUUAGGCAAUGAAUAUCCACAUCCGGUCACAAACCGGUCUCCAUCACCAUCUGACCUGCAUCUCAAUGCAACAAAUGCAUGUAACAUCUAUGGUAGGGGUGUCGCCCAUGACGCUCAUCUGGUUCGUCCUUUGCUAGCUGAGGAUACUGGGUGCUUGUCAUCAAAACAACCCCAGAGCCAUGGAGACAACAUCCCUGGAGAACCUCAAGAGAAGAACCUCAACAGGUCUGCCCAGAAUCCACAGCCUUAAUAGGACAAUAAUAUAUUUACUUGGAUCAGGUUGAAUAGAAAACUCUCCAACAAAAUGCAACCAAAUGCCAACUUAAAGAGCGACAAUGAAUGACCUUCAAAUGACCAGAUAUUAGGGUCACCUAAGCACCACUCUAGAACUUGGCCACAUACUGUAUAAAAAAAUGUCAUGAGUCAUGAAUGUGCUUUGUGCUAAUGGUGUAAAAGUCUGUAUAAUUCCUGGCACUUGUUGGAGAAAGGUCCAACCACCUUAUGGGAUUUGUGGUUGGCUUCACAGCUGAGAUCUUCAAGCCUUUCUAUCACCAGAUCCUUAAGAGGAGCAGGACUUCAUCGCUAAGUCUUUUUGCCUUUUACCCCAUUCUGUUGCCCAACGAAAGUGCACACAAGAUGGAGUAGAAUGGAGUUGUUCACCUGUUUACGUCUGUAUCACAUUUGCGUUCCUUUUCAUGAGCUGCAUCUCCAAGACUGUACCUGGGAUGCACAACCCCCGCUGUAGGACUUUAUGACUGUGGCUAAAAGGGAAACGGAAAAGGUCCAUCAAGGGGGAGCUGCAUUUGUUUUUUUGGCCUUUCCUGUACAAUUAGUUUACAAUAUACAGUGCAUUGUGCGUAGCUACUGCAGUCUGGGAAUCUGAGGGGCCUUAGACAAUCAGCCCUGGUAUGAAGACCCAUCACCCAAUGGCUUUAGAGUAGUUUAGUAGUAUAUACUCCCCGUGAUGAUAGCAUAGCUGUGACUUUAGGGGGGGAAAAGUGUAGGACAGAGUACCAUGUACCCUUCAUAUAGAUAUUGUUUGGCCUUCAGUGAGGAACUUCAGCCUCCCUUUCCUCCUCUUGGUCAUCUAAUGACUGAUGUGAGAAUGUGUAGACUUGCAGUUGGUUUCAUGUAGACAAUAAGGGUUUCCUUGACUUCCUUUAGUCACUCCUGACCCCAAACUCUAAAACAUCCCUUUAUUUUUCUAUUCUUAAGGCUGGAAACCCAAGUGCAAGGUUCCACCACCCCCAUGCCAAGCACAAUAACCUUAGUUCCACGUAGAACGGAGAGCACUUACUUCUUGUAUUAUUUGAUUGUACCGAUGUCUGCAGGUUGUUUGGUCUUCCCCCUCCACAAAAAAAAAUUGAAACCCUAACUUUUUAGGUUCUAGCUUGGUUUAUUACCUUGGCAACCGAGCAAACUUCUUAUCCUGUAACGGUUCUAAGCAGUUUAUAAGGUACAAAUGAUGAGACAGCGGUUACAUUUAUGUCAAGGUUUCAGUUUCUAGUCAUUGGGUUCAUGUGUGUCGGAUAUAAUAUUUAUAGUUUAUUAAUUUGUCUCCAUUGGGAGAGAGCAUGGAGCCUCCAUGGGUUUCAAUGGGCGUAUUGACAUACAUUGAUUUCAUGGUGGGGAAUGGUUUUAUGGGUAUUAAAAGGCUUCCUAGUGUUUGGCUAAGGAUACGGCCACAUAUUUCAAUGAUCUUUAGUCUUCGGUGCACCAAAUUGCCCAUUAAUUUCAUCAAGUACAGUAUUGCCCCUUAUUGCCAAGCCAACGAAUGGGCCCUGCAUACAAUUCAUACAGGAAAUUCCAUUAGUAAGAAUUGGUCAACGCGAAGGCUGGUCAACGCGAAAGGCUGGUCAACGCGAAAGGCUGGUCAACGCGAAAGGCUGGUCAACACCCAGACUGGCGGUUUGUGUAGCCAGUAAAUCCUUGUUGGGUUGGAUCAGUCACUAUAGAUGUUCACUCUUGUGGGGGGGGGAUGGUGUAAGCUUCUUGGCCAACUGCAUUUUACAUUCUGAUUAAUCAAAUCCAGUUGGGUUACAUUUUGACUCGUCCAGCGCCAGGCUACUGUGCCGCUUUAUUCUGGCUGCCUCUGGACUCCAUAAAAUGUGUGAAUGUAUUAGGUGUUCCUGAAACUGCUCUAUAUAUAGGGGGCAGUAUAGCAGUGACUAACUGCCCCCUCUCAUGUAACCAAUGGCACUGAUUGUGUUUAAUGGAAAUCCUUACAGUAGACAUUGUUGCACUUCAACCCAUGAACCCCCCACCACCAAUCAACCAGAUAGCCGUAACCAUAAGCACCAGUAUAUCCAUGGGGUCUGGACUGAUUGGUCCACCAUAGUUUACCAUCUAGCCCUACUUAAUAUCCAUAGGGCCACCUGAAAGUAUUAAUGCCUUAGCGUGUAAAUGUCUUCAGUGACUGCAAAGCAAAUAUUAUUGGUUGAUGUUUACAAUUGACGGUUAAAGGGGGCUGGGCCACUGGCCGACAUCUGUAGUCCUGAGAUCCAAUGAGGGUGAGGGCAUGGUGGGCACCAUCUGGACCAGAGGAGCAGUAGGACCUGUCGGGCUGGUGUAUCUGCCCUCUACAUUGGCUUCUAUAUAAUAUCUGAGCCUCUCUAACGAGGCCUGACUCAGUGUUGAUAAUUAGUAAUCAGUGGAACUUGCCCUUGCUCUGUUACUAGUCUUUCAAACAUUACUAGUACAAAUAUUACUAGUAAUGUUGAAAAAUUGCAAUCCAUCUUGUAUAAGGAAGUGGCCAUACUUGUGUAGUUGGGUGUGUCCUAGGAAGCUCCGCCCAACCUUCUUGAAUCAGCAUUACCACACUUAUUGUACUUAAGUGUUUUCAUUAACCCUGAUUUUGUAUUAACUAAAGGGCCAAACCAUUGUCAACAUGCUUGGCUAAAGAAAGUGGUGAUUUUGGCCAAACUGCUGACUCUUUAAAAGAUCGGAAUUUGUCCAACAGUGUUAUUAUAUUUGCCAUCUCUUGCUUCAUAGUCACACUGGUGGGAUCAGGCAGAAGCUGCAUUUUGCACUUAAAUACAAGUUGUUUUCCCCUGUAGGAGACACUGGAGCUGGUGGCUAGGGUCUAAAUUGGUUAUUCCUUGUCCUUAGACUGUCUAAAUCCAGUGGGAAACUUGGUAACAACUAAUCAUUCUUGACACAAAUAAUUUUAAGGGCUGUCACACUCUACAUCAGUUACGCUAGGGCUUAGAAAAAACUUUUUUGAGCAAUAAGCUCAGAAGACAUUUACAUUGGAUGUUCUUUAGAUGUUUGUCUGGUGUCGUAUACCUUCGUGUCAUGGUCUUUGUGAGUCUACAAACAUUGUAGUCUGUAGGUUUUGCACUUUGUCUAAAGAUCAGGCAUAGCCUGUUACACCUAAAUGGCCCCUUGAGGUUCUUCUGUUGAGGGUCUCCUGUUGAGGUUCUUCUCUUGAGGGUCUCCUGUUGAGGUUCUUCUCUUGAGGGUCUCCUGUUGAGGUUCUUCUCUUGAGGGUCUCCUGUUGAGGUUCUUCUCUUGAGGUUCUUCUCUUGAGGGUCUCCUGUUGAGGUUCUUCUUGAGGUUUUUCUUUUGAGGGUCUCCUGUUGAGGUUCUUUUCUUGAGGGUCUCCUGUUGAGGUUCUUCUCUUGAGGGUCUCCUGUUGAGGUUCUUCUCUUGAGGUUCUUCUCUUGAGGGUCUCCUGUUGAGGUUCUUCUCUUGAGGGUCUCCUGUUGAGGUUCUUCUCUUGAGGGUCUCCUGUUGAGGUUCUUCUCUUGAGGGUCUCUUGUUGAGGGUCUCUUGUUGAGGGUCUCCUGUUAAGGUUCUUCUCUUGAGGGUCUCCUGUUGAGGUUCUUCUCUUGAGGGUCUCCUGUUGAGGUUCUUCUCUUGAGGGUCUCUUGUUGAGGGUCUCUUGUUGAGGGUCUCCUGUUAAGGUUCUUCUCUUGAGGGUCUCCUGUUGAGGUUCUUCUUGAGGUUUUUCUUUUGAGGGUCUCCUGUUGAGGUUCUUUUCUUGAGGGUCUCCUGUUGAGGUUCUUUUCUUGAGGGUCUCCUGUUGAGGUUCUUCUCUUGAGGGUCUCCUGUUGAGGUUCUUCUCUUGAGGGUCUCCUGUUGAGGUUCUUCUCUUGAGGUUCUUCUCUUGAGGGUCUCCUGUUGAGGUUCUUCUCUUGAGGGUCUCCUGUUGAGGUUCUUCUCUUGAGGGUCUCCUGUUGAGGUUCUUCUCUUGAGGGUCUCUUGUUGAGGGUCUCUUGUUGAGGGUCUCCUGUUAAGGUUCUUCUCUUGAGGGUCUCCUGUUGAGGUUCUUCUCUUGAGGGUCUCCUGUUGAGGUUCUUCUCUUGAGGGUCUCCUGUUGAGGUUCUUCUCUUGAGGGUCUCUUGUUGAGGGUCUCCUGUUGAGGUUCUUCUCUUGAGGGUCUCCUCUUUCUCUUUGUAUUUUGUCAGCUGAGUGUUUGUAGGGUCAGGUCCUUGCCCCCCUCAGUCCUGCCAAACAGAUUAUGAAGAUUCUAUGCGUUUUAGUAUUCUGCUCCAGCUGGAGCUUUUCUUUAAAAAAAAAUAAAAAAAAUCUAAGAUUCUUUUUUUCCCAUUUCUUUUGACAGUCUUAAAUGUAUAGUUUUUUUUUUCUUUUCUUUUUUUGAACAUUUCCUAUUAUUGCAAACCAUAUUUUCUCAGCACCCAUUUGGAUCCACUAUGAGAUCAGAUGGGAGUUUUUUGGCUCGGGUCAAGUUUAAACCCAUUUUGCAGAAAGGAUACUUAGAUAUAAUAAGAAUUUAACCAUCUCAGACCUGAACACAAAAUUUUUGUAAAUUGGGCAAAAAAAUAAAAAAGCAAAAACAAUUUUCAGCUUUCUAUUGGCCUGUGGGAAAUAAAUGUUAAAAAUAAUAUCCGUUCUGGCAACCCCCCCCCCCCCCCCGCAGUAGAAGUGAAAAGAAUUUCCAGCCUUUUGUGAAAAAAAAUGGGGGCUCGUGGGGAAAAUCAUCAAAAAGAUAUAAAUGGGGCUCAUUUAGAAACACUGGGCAAAUGUUCCCCUGGGCAGUAACCCAUGGCGACCAAUCAAAUGUUUGCUUUCACUGCUCAAUGGCAGCCGGCUGAAUUCUGGAAAGCCUAUUGCUGAUUGGUUGCGGUCAGUUACCGCCCUUGCGCAAAUCUGCCCUGUGUUUAUGAAUGAACCCGUGUUUGUGUCUCGUUAGAACUGGGAGGUGUCGAUGGUUUGUCUCUCGUUAGUGAAUGUUUCCUUCCAUUGGGGAUUAAAGAUUUGGGGGCGGGGAUAGAGCUCAGUGCUGCUGCCGAGUUCUAACCCCCCUAACGACAGAAUGGAAAACUCUCGAAAAAACCUUUACAAAUAGACUCGCUCUCGUGGAUUUACAUACGGGUCGUUUGAUUGGUUCAGAGCCUCAAACCAAAAUACUGGCAGUUUGGUGACCCUUACAACCUUUCUUUUUUUUGUUGUAUUACUGUAAUUGCCCCACAAGGUGGGUAUAUCAGCUCAAGGCACGCUAGCACCUCCCUCAUUGGGGUGUCAGGCCGGGGGGCCCUCACUUUCACUGGUUUGGGGUCACCUAGUGGGGGCCAGCCCCACUGUAUGGCAACCUUUGGUCUGGGAUGUGUGGGGUAUAACUAUUCAGUAAUGCCCCCCCCCUAUUUAUUAGACACCCCCCUUUUAAUCAGCUGAGAGCUCACUUCUAUUGGUUGAAAUGUUCCCCUUGGAAAAUAGGGGAUUAAAAUGGGAAAACGUUGCCCCGCCCCCUCCAUCUUCUCCGUAGCCCCGCCCCCCGUCUGUCUCUUACAGCCUUCUAUGUCUGUCUGUUUGUGGGGGCCGUAUAGUGUCGGCCCCCACAGACGUUAUUUGUACACUAAAGUAAGAAAAUUCUGCAGCAGAAGAAUAUUUUUUAAGAAGAACUCGAUGUUUUUGUAAGCUCUAUUUUUGUAUAUUUAAUUGCGAUUAAAACGUGUUUUGUUUUUUUUUUUGCUAACCACGAUCUACAUAAACGUUUUGCAUGUCGUUGACUUGAAAUGUAAAUAAAGCGCCACUUUGACAAGGA